AUGUUCAUAACUGUGGAAGGAGUGAAGAACAAGCAAGUGAAAAGGUUCUUAGAACAUGACACAAGCAUAAAGGGUAGAAAUUUGGACAGUGUUAAUAAAGAUGGCUGGACACUAUGUUCAGUGUGUGAGGGCGGGCGGCGGGGCCGGGGGUGGCGGCGGCCGUCGGCAGUAGUGUUCGCGCAGGACCGGAGUGCCGUUCACUCGGCGGCGCGCCACGGCGCGACAUGCCCAGCUGAUGUUUAUUUAUACCGCGAGCUCGGCGGAGGGCGCGCGCGGGAGGCCCUCCCCUCCGUGAUGCAGCCGAGCGAGCCAGCCGACACCGCGCACGCCGCUAGCGGAAACCCGCAGCGUGGCCUCAACGGUGGCCGCUUCGACUUUGACGAUGGUGGUACAUACUGCGGCGGCUGGGAGGACGGCAAGGCCCACGGGCACGGCGUCUGCACCGGCCCGAAGGGCCAGGGAGCGUACGCCGGCUCGUGGCACUUCGGCUUCGAAGUAUCCGGCGUGUACACCUGGCCCAGCUACCGAUAUUUACCCACACAUAAGUUAUACCGACACAGUACGUGGCUCUGGCAGAAUGCGGUGCUGUGCCAGACCUUCCUAUUAAUCUCGACGCUUGCUCUCAUCUAA